AUGACCGCGAAACCCGGCAUGUCGUACGCCCGAUCAGCACAGCCGCCCGGAAGCUUCACGACGGAGUUGAGAUCGUUCAAUUCGAGGCCAGACCUCACGAGAUCGAAUAGCUACGGCACAGCAAUGGAGGACAGUCCAAUCGACCCCGCAGUGUCCGAGCAGCGACAGCAAGAGUACAGGCAAGAGAUUGAGAAGCAGAUACGACUAAAGGCAGGAACAGAGAACCUGCUUGAAGCUCUGAACUCGAAGAAUGCCAAGAAAGCGCGAGACCAGAGGAUGGCCGCUGAGAGUCAGCUCAAUACGUCCACUCGAAAGAUUGCGCAAUUGAAGUUGGACUUGGAGGCAGAGAUACAGCGGAGUAAGGAGCAGCCGAUCAGUCCGAAGGGAAGGCUGUCACAGCUGUUUCGCAUGCCUCCAUUGCAGCCAUCGAAGGAUCAGCUUCGUAUGCAGGACGAAACGGCGGAGCAACAGGAUCCUGAACUGGAGUCGCCGACGUAUAUUCUGGCGGACAUCUUGCAGGCAUUGGAAGUGGAGAACAUGCAAACGGAUUACUACGUCAACCAGGCUAACGACUUGGUCGACUUGUUCCGGCGGCAUCCGACGUUGAAGUAUGAUCUCGCGUGGUCAAUAUUUGGGCUUCGCAUGCAGGUGAUGCUCUUGAGUGAUAGUCGGGAAGUUGUGGCAGCUGGAUACCGCGUAAUGCGAUAUGCCAUUACUGAUCGAAAAUCACUUCAGACGAUACGAGCACUACACACUGACUAUCUGGUCAUUCUAUCCCUGGUCAAGGAGAGCAAAGCUCGAGUGGAAAGGGAACAAGCUCUCAAGUUCAUACGAGCAUUCCUCGAUGUCAAGAAUGGCACGCAAGAGAUUCACCCGGCCGUCGCGCGGAUCGUGGUGGCCGUGGCAGAUCACUCAGACGACCAGCUGCGCAGUAUUGCCAUUCUCACGCUGGCGGAAAUGCUUCUGAAGGAGCCAAUGCUGGUCGUCAAUGCCGGAGGUAUUAGCGUUCUCGCAGAAGCUACAGGAAGCGGAGUAUAUCAUGCACCGGAAACACUUCUCGGACCAAUGCUGCAUCUCAUGGACCUGCCUGCUCGUCGGGGAGUUCUGCGGUCUGGCUUCGAAUUCAGCUCAGCAUUUGCGACAUUUACCGAGCCUCACUUCGCGCACUCAUUGGAGGAGAAGCUCGCAACGAGCUCAAGAGUCAUUGCCGCGAUGUUCAAAAGCUGGUCUGGCUUGAUGACACUGUCACUGCACGACUUUUUACCUGUACGGUCCGUGGUCUCUUCCCUCUACAUUGCCGAGAUCCGAGUACGGAGCGCGACACUGGACUUGCUCAUGGACAUACUCAGGGUCGAGAAGCGAUCUUGGUCGCAACCGUUCAUUGGCGGUCGACGACUGACCACUUACGCGCGAGUGGCCAACUUGAACGCUGAAAAGGAUGCGACAAACACACAGCCUGCGCAAAACGACACAAGCCAGAAGAUGAAUCUCGUACAGCAUUUCAUUGCAGUGGCACUAGCCGUGCUGCUUCGUCAAGGGCUGAUGGAAGCACUUCUACAUGCCGAGCGAGAUGCGCCUACCGACGCGCUGAGGCGACGGACUAACCUGGUCAUCGCAGAGGUACUCAAGAAAGCAAGCGAGCUGCUACCGAGUCGCUGGAGCGCUCAGUUGCAGACCAUGCCCGGCCUGUUCGACACUGCAUUGAAGUUCGAUAACGAGGAUCGAUACCGGGCGCUGUCCACAGUGUACCAAGUUGAUAAGGUCAAUUUGAAGCUGUGGCGCUCAGAUCCGUCUACCAAGACACAAACCAGGAGCUAUGAGGAGCAAGACAAUGCGCGAGCUCGAUCUGGUUCCAAGACUCAAGGCAAUGCCAACAUGGACGAAGUGCAAUUUCGAGCGAGGAUCCUCGAGACCGGGGUGCUGAACUCCGUCAAUUACAUAAAAUGGGACUGGGCUAUUAUCCUCGAGCUGAUCGAAGGACCACUGGCAAAUCCGAAACUGCUCUUCGAAGCACUGGAGAAGUCGAAAUUCGUCCACCGCCUGUUGAAGUUUCUCCGUCCAUUCCAGUUCCGAUUUUCCGACGCAUCCAACACCAAGGCGAAUCAACGAUAUGUCAAAAUGGCAUGCACGCUGGCCAAGACUCUACUGCAGACCAAUGAAGGAGCAAACUAUCUGAUCAACAACAAGACUGUACGUCAACUUGCCGAAUGUCUCGCACAACUGGACUCCGUGAGCGGCAUUACCUCGAAGAACCCCAUGUUCUCGCCUGAACGACUAUCAGAAACGUUAGUCGGCGGGUAUUUUGCCAUGCUGGGUGAAAUGUGCAGCGAUCCCAAGGGCUUGAUGAUUCUGGAAAGAUGGCACAUCAUCAACAUGUUCUAUCACAUCGUCGAGCUUAAGAAUCGAGACGAUUUGAUUAGAUGUCUUUUGACCAGUCUGGACUACACUCUCGACAGCCAUCCGAGGAUCAUCUUGUCGAAAGCUAUGGUCGCUGGAUCGAAGCAAAUGCGCAUUAUGGCAACGAGAAUCCUUCGAAAGUAUGCUAUUGAGUCUCUCGACCAGGCCGUCAUCGGGGGCUGUUCGGCUGCGUGGGCGAUCAAACUUCUGGUCAGCCAGCUGUAUGAUCCAGAGAUUGAGGUAUGUGAAGUGGCAAUUAAGAUCCUCGAGGAGGCAUGUGAAGACAUUAUGUCUCUCGAGUAUGUGGUCAAGUGUCGGCCAGCUUUGGACCACUUGGGAGAGAUCGGUGCGCCUCUCCUGCUACGCUUCCUGUCCACAUCCGUCGGCUACCACUAUCUCGAUGGACUGGACUACAUCACCCGCGAGAUGGACGACUGGUUCCUCGGACGCAACGACAGCUAUGUCACAGUCGUGGAAGCCUCACUGGCCCGGGCUCUUGCAGAUCUACCCGAGAAACCACAAUCAGCCCUCGACGAAACAAUGGGUCGUCGAGAAUUCGGCCAUGUGCCACCGCACUUCUACCGCGAACUCACCCGCACAGCAGAAGGCUGCGAGCUCCUCAAAGCAAAAGGCCACUUUGAAGAGUUCACCGCCACGAUCCAAGACUACGCCAUGGAAGAAGAAGAUCCCGAAACGAUCCUCAAAGUCAAAGGCUGCCUCUGGGCGGUGGGCAACGUCGGCUCAAUGGAACUCGGCGCCCCUUUCCUCGAACACAGCGACGUGGUGAAAUGGAUCGUGCAAAUCGCCGAGACGUCCCAAGUCAUGACCCUUCGCGGCACCGCCUUCUUCGUCCUCGGCUUGAUAUCCCGGAGUCUUCAUGGCCAAGAAAUCCUCGCGGAACAUGGCUGGGAUGGUACAACGGCAUCUCAGCCCAACAUCGCUAUGAUCCGUUCCCGCCCCGGCGCCAUCACCGACUCGGAUGAGGGCAAUAUGGCGAUCCUCAACGCCAUCACGAAGAUGGGCAAUACCGUGCUGACGAACAAAGCGCUCGGGGAGCUGAACUCGUUCAAGCAGAAGAAAGCAUCGGGGUUCUCGGAUCCAGGAUUGUUCAGGAAGGUGAUGAUUUUGUUGGCAGGGCAUCAGUAUCGGAUUCCGCAGUAUCGCUUUGUGAUUGAUAUGUUUGACAAGGCGGUGUUGAGGAAGAUUGUGUUGGAGGAGGAUGAUGAUAGUAGUGAGGAGGACGAUAGCGAUGAUGGGGAGGGGGAGGGGCAGGAGGGAGAUGAUGAUUGA